ACCCUACCUCCUCUUGGAGUUCAUAAUCGCUGUUAAGCCCUAUCGAACGCUGUAGUAAGUUCUCAAUUUCCUUAUUAUAUAUUUUGUGGCCUCUUCUAUCGCCGCUCGUCGCCGUUCCCGUCUGAUUUGCUAAUAUCUUGUAGAUCCAAUGGGUAGAAAGAGAGAUAAGGACUCUGAAGAUCUAACUGAAAACAUAGACGACGAUGAACAAUAUGUUCGCCAGAGUAAAAAGAGAAAGAACACAGAUGACUACGAUGAUGGUGCUGAGAAGAGUCAAAUUAGUAAUAAAAAACAGAUACUUCCAUCGAUGAUAAAGAAUAAGGAUAAGAGAUCAGCUGUCCAUGCCAAGCUUAAGCAACAAAAGAAGCUUGAGAAGGCUAAAAGGGCUAAAGCUCGAGACUUCGCCGAGAAGAGAGCUCUUGAUUUGGGAGAAGAGCCUCCAGCCAGAAGUAUUCCACGCACAAUUGAAAACACUAGGGAGUUUGAUGAGACUGUCUGUGAACCUGAUGAUGAGCUGUUUGCUGGGAAUGAUGCAGAUGAAUUUAAUUCUAUAUUGGGUCGUGAAAGAACUCCCAAGAUAUUGAUAACUACAUGUCGUUUUAAUUCAACUAGGGGUCCUGCUUUCAUAUCAGAACUAAUCUCCGUGAUCCCAAAUGCUCAUUAUUAUAAGCGGGGAACAUAUGACUUGAAAAAGAUUGUUGAAUAUGCAAAGAAAAAGGACUUCACUUCUCUUAUUGUUGUUCAUACCAAUCGUAGGGAACCUGAUGCCCUCCUUGUCAUGGCCUUACCCGAUGGCCCAACUGCCCACUUCAAGAUUUCAAAUCUUAUUUUGCGCAAGGAUAUCAAGAAUCAUGGAAGGCCAACUACUCACAUGCCGGAGCUAGUGUUGAACAAUUUUACAACACGUCUUGGUCAUCGUAUUGCAAGGUUAAUACAGUCUAUUUUUCCUCAAGAUCCAAACUUCCGUGGUCGAAGAGUAGCAACUUUCCAUAAUCAGCGUGACUUUAUUUUCUUCCGUCAUCAUCGCUACAUAUUUGAAGAUAAAGAUGCCAAAAAAAAUAGUUCCGAAGGUGAAAAGAACACCGAAACUCUAUCAAACGUAAAAGCUCGGCUCCAGGAAUGUGGACCGCGAUUCACAUUGAAAUUGAGGAGUUUGCAACAUGGGACAUUUGACAGCAAAGGAGGAGAAUAUGAGUGGGUUCAUAAGCCGGAGAUGGAUACCAGUAGGAGAAGGUUUUUCUUGUGAGGAAACGAUGGAAAAGAUUUGGUCGUCUAGAUAUCAUGAGAAGAAUGAUUUUUUUGUUCGAAAUCGAGAUAUUCUACAUUAUAUUUAUGCUGUAAAAUGAUUUUCUAGUAACCAUCUUUAUAUCUAUUUCCUUGUAUCAUACUACAAACAGUGCAUUUCUUAAGGUUGAGAACUUAAUGAUUUUGUUUUCUUUCAAACUAAAAUAUGUGUAUCCUUCUUGAUUGUUUUUUAGUAAUCUUAUUGUUUUAUUUGGCAAUA